UUUUUUAUUGACCUUUUGUAACAACAGUCCGCCGCGGGAAAACAAGUCGUUGUCGUAAUCGAUCAUAAAAUGGUCGUUAAACGUCUUCUAGUUAGCAGGAUACGCAAAUAAUUAGUUUGUUUGAUAUCUUAGAAAGUUUCCACAUUAGUUCAGGCAUGGGUUGCGCUCCAAGUCGACAAAAAGAGCAAGAAAGUGGUGGUAUUUCUUCGCCGGAACCUGCCCCGAACACAAAUAUCCCAAAGCAGAAUGGAGUCCCAUCUAAAACAAAAACCGCAAGCAAAGACUCUAAUGGUUCUUUGAAUAAAAUAAAAACCAUCGGAAAUGCAAUCGAGGCUCCCGAUUCUAGAUCGAGAAGUAAAAAGCUGACAAUUUUGCAUUUUAAUGAUGUUUACAACAUCGAGCCGCGUAAUACUGAACCUGUUGGCGGAGCAGCGAGAUUCGCUCACAAAAUGGCGAGCUACAAGCAUCUGAAUCCAUUCAUCGUCUUCAGUGGUGAUGUCUUGAAUCCUUCAAUGAUAAGCACUGUUACCAGAGGCAAGCAUAUGAUACCGGUGCUGAAUGCCCUUGGCAUCAACAUUGCAGUUUAUGGAAACCAUGACUUUGAUUUUGGAGUUGAUGAUCUUAUCGAGUUCAAUGAGUCCACAAACUUUCCUUGGUUGAUGAGCAACGUCAUUGAUAAUAUCUCCAAAGACACUCUGGCUGAUGGAGAAAAGUCAAAGAUUAUAGAAUGGGAAGGCAUUAAGAUUGGCUGUAUUGGUUUGGUCGAGCAAGAAUGGCUUGUUACCUUGGCAACUGUCGAUCCAAGUGAGGUAACAUACCUGGACUUCUCUCAGGAGGGAGCGAAACUCGCCCAACAUCUCAGGGACCAGGGAGCUGACUUUGUUAUCGCUCUGACCCACAUGCGCGUGCCAAAUGACUGCCGCCUGGCCGAGACUACACCCGGUAUUGACCUGAUACUAGGGGGGCAUGACCAUCACUACGAGGUGUUGAAGGUAAAUGGCGUUAACAUUGUGAAGAGUGGUUCGGACUUUCGUCAGUUUAGUCACAUUACGGUGGAGUUUAACGAAGAAAAUAACUACAGCAUAGAGAUCGAGCGACUUGACAUCACGAGCGAGAUACCUGAAGACCCCGGGAUGAAGAGGAUCGUUGACGAAUACAUGGAUCUUAUGAAGGAGAGUAUGGAAGAGAAGAUCGGUGACGUGGAGGUGGAGUUGGAUGGGAGAUUUGCCAGUUUACGAACAAAGGAAACCAACCUAGGUAACUUUGUUGCGGAUAUAAUGCAUAACGUCACCAGAGCAGAUGUCGUCAUUGUAAACUCAGGGACACUUCGCUCUGAUGCGCUCCACCCCCCUGGUCCAUUCAAAAAGAAAGACCUGGUAUCGAUCCUCCCUAUGCCAGACUCGGUGGUGCUUCUGGAACUCAAAGGAGCUCAAGUCAUCAAAGCGUUAGAAAAUGGAGUCAGUCUGUGGCCGAGGCAUGAGGGUCGCUUCCCGCAAGUCUCCGGGAUCAGAUUCGCGUUCAACCCAGAACGCGAUGUUGGCAGUAGAGUUAUAGAAGAGAGCGUCCAGAUAGCAGGGCAGCCCAUCGACAAGGAAAAGCUUUAUAAAGUUUGUACGAAGGCCUACAUCGCCAAGGGCAAGGACGGUUAUGACGUACUGAAAGAAGGGAAGUUCUUGCUUGACGAGGAGUCCGGGCCCAUCUUACCCACCAUUGUGGAGAAUCACUUCAACUCCAUCAGUAUCGUCAAGGGCGCCAAGCUCUCUCGCUCACGACACAGACAAAGCAUUGUCAUGAGACUGGAAGGAGCGUCCUUGGCGAGUUUACUGGACAGCGAGAGAAAACACGUCAAGAUCAGUCCACAGGUUGAGGGUAGAAUAACGAUCAUCACAGAUGAGGAUAAGAUAGAUUCCUUGUUCAAAGUAUCGCCCGAAACACCGGAGCCUGAAGCAGCCGAUCAAAAACAAGACACUGAGGAUAUAAAACUAGAAACAACCUUUCGGAGUAAUGAGACUGAAACAACCAAUGAUAUGGCAGAGAAAACAAAAGACUUUGAAACUUCCAGUCAACAUGAAGAUCACACAAUAGAACCUGAAACAUCCAAUCCCGGUAUUGCAUCUUGUACAAAAGAAUCAACCACUAGGAGUGGUGAAUCUAAAGUGGAUAAGCCUGAUUUAGCGACGGAAGAUGAGUACUGGGAUUUAUGGGAAGCAAUUAAAACAGACGAUAUUGAUACGGUAAAAAGUCUACAUCAAGAAAAGCAUAUUCGGUUGACCAGGUUUCAGGACAACAAGACCAUCUUACAUCUUGGAGCUGAACGAAACUCUGCAAAAGUUGUAGAGUAUUUGUUGCUUUAUGGAAAAGUCGACCCGAAUAGCUUGGACGAGAUUCUUCAGGGUGUUCCUUUGCAUGGUGCUGCCGAGUAUGGAAGUGUGGAUGCUGCAGAAAUUCUUCUUCGUCAUGGAGCUGAGAUUGACAAGCAAGAUUUGCUGGGUAAUACAGCACUACACACCGCAUGUGAGCACAACCAGGAUGAGUUCAAGAAGUUUUUAGUCACCCAUGGAGCCAGCACAACUAUAGAAAACACGGAAGGGGAAAAGCCCAAGUUAUGACAAUGGUGUGUCAACUCCACAUCUAUCAUGAUAACUGUCAGAGGAAGACAGUCAACCUCUUCUUACUAAAGAUCAAUGAACAUUAUAGUUAUCGAAAAUGAGUUUGUUCUUAUGAAAUAAAUAUAGACAAGUGUAAUGAUCAUGAUGGCUCUUGAAAAACAUUUACACUAGGAGGUCGCAAUUAGAGCCGUGUUGCUGCAAUUAACAUAUCUGGUCCUUUGUCGAAGCAAUAGAGUAAAUAUUUGUGGAGACCUAAAGCUAAUUUUUCUUGUAAUGCAUCAUUGAUACAUAAUUAUUUAUCGCAUAGAAGGGUUGUUAUUUUCAUAGACAAUAAUUUGCAUUUUAUGGAUUAUAACUUUCUUAUAUCUUUUUAUAACUUUUUUACAUUUCUUGACAUUAUUUAUUUUCCUUUUUAUCCACAUUAUUUAAAUGAAUUUUAUUUUAUACACUUAAUACGCUUUGAAUUGAACAAUAAGUUAAAAAAACAUAUGGAAAUGGCUACUGUAAUUUUAGUUAAGUUAAUUCCUCUGAAAUAUUGUAUAUGACAUAAUACUAUUUAUUUUUCUCAAUAAACUAUUUUCACUAAA